CGCAGCCGGUGUGCCGCCGGGGCCGCUCGCCGGUGCUGCCCGCUAUGUACUACAGGUUCCACGGCUUCACGCAGCGGCUGGUCGGGGCGGCGGCGGCCGAGGCCUACAACCCGCAGGGACUCAAACCAAUAGUUUCCACUGAAUCCCCAGCUCUGACAACAUCUAAACUUGCUUCAGAUAUACCAGCAACUGAUUCUUUCUUGGGUAAAAACAAGGUGCCAGACCUACAGAAACUUUUUCAGAAACCAGACGGGCUGCCAGUACACCUGAAACGAGGAGUUCCGGACAGGCUGCUUUAUCGGACCACUAUGGCUCUAACAAUAGGCGGCACGAUCUACUGUCUAGUAGCACUGUACAUGGCCUCACAACCAAGAAACCAAAAAUAAAUGAACCACAACUCAUGGGACUCAUGCCACUUCCCUGAAGGACCUCCUGCAUGUAUCUGCACUUGCUUUCAUUUGGUGAUCAUGCGGGCUUCGUUGUUCAGGUCACAUUUCCCGGAGAAAAGGGUAUUAAAAUCGGUUGCCUUAUGCGUUCUCUAGAAUCAGUGUAAACCAACAUAAAGACAUAUUUUAACAUGG